GAAGACUAGUUUCUGAUCUUCCUUUGAAAAAUCUAUCUUUCUCCCUCCUUUUUUUUUUUGUCUCUCUUGCGUAUAUUCGUUCAAUCUUUUGCUCAUAAUCUCUUUAGUGUAUCGAAUCAUCAUGAUAUAUGUUGGUGGAGUUCCAUUUUCUACAACAGAUGGGUCAUCUUCUUCUCAGGGCAGUGACAUCUUGAAAGCUUUGAUGGAACACCCCAUUUUGUUAUCUGCCUCGCAUUUGUUGAAAGCUAUCCCGAAGAGGAAGUUCUCAGCUUUUGCAGAAUCUGGUUCAGAGAGAUCGACUCAAAGUAACUGUGUUUAUAUUUUCCAAAGAGAAUAUGCAACAGUGGACCCUGCGCUUGUGGAUUUAGUUGGCACUGAUGAGGCAACCACCUGCACGGGCCUUGUCAUUCGAAAUCGCACUAGUGGAAUGACCUCAGUUGCCCACUUGGAUUCACCAGAGGUUGUGGAUAUCGGCCUCACCCAGAUGUUAUCAUUAGUUGUCGAUCACAAUUCUGAUUCUUUGUUAGAUGUGCAUAUAAUUGGUGCAUUUGAGGAUGCCUCACUUCAUCAUCCAGAAUACGGUUCUGAAUCAGAGAGUGAUGCAAAACAGGAUGGCUAUUCUUUUCCUUUGUGCAGCAAGAUAAUUAAAACCCUAGGAAAGAGGCAGGAAAACUUUCACAUUCAUACUCUCCAUGUUCUGGGGCACAACACCAGAUGGGAUCCUGAAGGGAAUUCAUUCCCCAUCUUCAGUGGGUUCCUGGUGGAAACCUCUACUGGAUCAGUAUUCCCAGCCAGCUUUGACAGAACUUCUAGAUGUCCAGAUGAAAUUGUUAGGAGGAUCCGGGUGACUGUAUGUUUUGAGGACCCCCAUUGGACUGGAAGGUUACUAGAGACAUAUGAUACUCAGACAGACCGAUUUGUCAUUGCUCCAUGCACAUGGACCAUACGUCAAUUACAGAUUGCUGUGACACUGCAAAACCUUUCUGAUCCAGAAAUUCUCCUUACAUGUUCUACUUCACCUUCAGCUGAGAGCCCAGAUUUUGUGGAUAAUGAAAGAAGGAAGUGGGACUAUUUGUUUCAACACCCAGACUGGAGAGAAGCCUUUCCUUUGAGGCAGCCCCGGGUAUUUGAGAGGGCAAGUGGAAGUUGGAGGAGGCGCUUGGUAAAAUAACAAGGGCAUGAAUUUCCAAAUUGAAAAAAUUCACUAUCUAUGAUAUUCGAUUUCAUUGGGCAACCAAAUUUCCUUGGUAUUAAAAAGUCAGAUACUUCUCCUCAUUUGUAAUGCUAUAUGGUAGUUUGGACCAUAAUAGCUUUCAGGGAUGGCUGGAUUGAUUAGAAUUAGAGCUCAACCGAUAAUCUGAUUUUUGUUUGAGGAAAAAAAUGCAUAUAUUAUCGGAUCAUCAUAUUUGGAUCUGUUGUCUGUUGUAGUAACCUUGGAUGGAUUUACAGUUUCCAGUGUGUCUAAUGAGUUAGAGUGUUUCUAGUAGAAGGGGAAAUAGUGAUACUGGCAAUCUGUUUUAUUAGAACCAUUGUUUUCCACGGCCCAAGUGUAAGCCAAGGUAUAAGCUUCGAGGAUGAUGUAAAGCCUUCAGAAUUUCGAAUAUAGUACAUUUUGGAAACCUAGAAAGAUUCCUCACUACACACUUUCUAUAUAUCUCUCCGUUAUGUACUUUCUAUGUAUCUCUCCAUUAUCAGCUGCAUGUUGUAGUGAUGAAUCGGAGAUAGAACAAUGGGAAUGUUACAAUUUCA